UCGGUCUUGGUCUCUUACAAGCUCGACGACCAGCUGCCCCCGAUAGCGCGCAUACACACUCCUUUCACAUGGACAAUACCUAACAGUACAUUCCUUUCGCCUUCUAACGCGACGCUCACAUAUGCAGCAUCCUCUCUGCCGGCCUGGCUUUCAUUCGACCCGGGGACCCACACCUUGAAUGGAACACCUGGACCAGAUGAUGAGGGGUCGCCACGGAUCACCGUAAUCGCAAAGGACCCCAACUCUGACGAUUCUGCUUCGUCCUCUGUUACCCUCUGCGUCACGCCCUAUCCCCCGCCAGAGCUCCACAUCCCCGUCCAAGAGCAAUUUACGGACAAGAAUCCCUCACUAUCAUCUGUCUUUCUUGUACCUAACAACUCAGCCCUCUAUAACGCGAGACCAGCCCUCCGCGUGCCUCCGAAGUGGUCGUACAGCAUCGGCUUCCAGUACAACACAUUCACCGCGCCAAAUAGUCUCUACUACGCGGCGACUCAAGCAGAUGGUUCCCCUAUGCCCGAAUGGGUCAAAUUCAACGAGAAAGCGAUGACGUUCGGCGGCGUUACACCUCGACCUGAGGAGCUCACUCUGCCUUACAUCGUCUCACUUGUCCUGCACGCGUCUGAUCAGGAGGGUUACUCUGCGGCGACUAUACCGUUCGAUCUGGUGGUGGCUGCUCAUGACAUGACUUCCGCGACCCUCUCUUUGCCGACGAUCAAUGUCACUGCGGACGCCCAAUUCCAACUCACACUUAACUCUGCGGCGGACUUCUCUGGGGUGCUUAUUGACGGCCAACCUCUGGCACCUUCGAAUAUCACUGAUCUGGACAUCGACACGUCUGGGCUGGAAAGCUGGCUUCAGUACAACGCGACGAGCAAGACCCUCAGCGGACAGCCUCCUUCGGACUUCGUCAGCGGAGUCCUGCCUGUCAGUCUAACGUCCUCGGUCAACCAAACCCUGCAGACAAACGUGGCUAUCGCAGCUGUGCCGUCUUUCUUCUCUACGCCCAACCUACAGCCCGUUCUGGUCGACCCCGGGAAUGCCUUCUCGUUUGACUUGGUGCAGUACUUUUCGAACAGCAGUGGUCUGGGCGACGAGAACUCGGGUGUAAACCUCACGGCUACGUACGACCCAUCUGAGGCUGGCGACUAUCUGAACUUCGACUCGAGCUCUGGUCAGCUAGCUGGAACCGUCCCGUCGGGAAUCUCGUACCCUCAUAUCACUGUCACCUUCACGGCCUACUCGCGUCUCACGCAUUCCACGUCGCACACCAAUCUACCGCUUUCGCUGUCGACGUCCGACUACUCUCACCAGCACAACAAGACCGGCGGUCUGUCUACUGCCUCGCGUGCGAAGCUGGUGCUCGGGCUCAAGAUCGCGUUUGGGAUCAUCAGCGCGUUCGUGGCCAUCGCCAUCGCAUUCGCUGUCCUCCGCCGAUGCACGCAUGUAGCGGAUACCGCCAUUGUUGGCGUUGAAGCGCAGCGCGCAUGGACCGACGCGGAGAUGAGAUGGUACGGGAUCGGCAUCGAAGUGGACGGCGAGCAGUACAUCGGGCCCAAAUCAGAAAACGGGUACGGCUGGAACGAGGAAGCUGGGCCCUCUUCGCCAGGCAAGGAGACGGGUUUCGGUGCCACCCUAUCCCGCGUCCUCACGCGCACGCUGUCAAAUACCCCUCGUGUCGCGGACGCGCGGUCGCCUCUCAGCCUCACGAGCCUGCCGCAAAGCCCCGGCGUCAUGAAGAAGGUCGAGUUCCUAGGCAAGAUUCGGAACACCGCGCGCAUCGUGAGCGACAAGUACCGGCGGGUGGUGAGCGGCCCCAAACGCCCCGUCAUCGGGAAGCCAACGCUGAUCAUGACGAGCGACAACCGCGCGAGCGCGCUGGCGAACAUCGACGGCCUGCCCGUGACGAACGACAGCAUCCCGGACCUGCCGCACUUCGACGGGUCGAGGUACGCCCCAAGCGGGCUCACGUCCCUCAUCGACUCGCCGUCCUCCUCGACCGACGCGCGCUCCGUCCCGCGCCGCCGUGCGGACUUCGCGGCGCCCCGCGCGCUCACGACGCCGCCGCUCGCGCACGCGAAGGACAACCGGCAGAGCAUGAAGUCGUUCGCGUCGUCGUUCGCGACGAGCUCGAGCACGCGCACGCACGAGACGGAGGCGGUCGUCACGCACGCGGCGCGCGCGGUGUCUGUGCGGAGCGCGGUCAGCGCGCUCUCGUUCCAGUCCGGGCCUGCCCCGGAGGGCGGGCGCCCGCGGCUCGUGCAGUUCACGAACGCGGCGCGCGUGCCGGUGCCCAAACUGCCCUCGUCGUUCUUCUCGCCGGACCCGAACGAGCCGCUGGAGAGCGGCAGCCCGGCGGAUCCGCCCAAGAGGGUGGCGAGCCAGAUGGCGAAGGUGUUCAGGAACGUCGCGGGCACUGGGCCUCCGGCGGAGAGCACGGAUGAGCUGAGGGCGGGCAUUGAGUACGUGCGUGCUCUAGGCGAUGACGGCCGUAGUCUGGCCUCCAGAGGUACGUCCGCUCCAUAUUUCUAUCACGGCCACGACGGCGCGGCGCCCACCCCGCGCAUGCUCGCACGCGUCGGGGAGCGCUUCCGGUACCGCGUGACAACGACGGUCCCAGUGGGCAAGGCGGCGCAGCUGGACGUCCGGCUGGUGUCGGGGAAGCCGCUGCCGCGGUACAUGCGCGCGAAUGUGGACGCGGUGCCGAGCGGGAUGGGCACGCGCGCGGAGCGGCGGGUCGUCGAGCUGUCGGGGACGCCGGCGGGCGUGGACGUCGCGGAGAUCGAGGUGGGUGUGUAUGUGAGGGAGAGCGGGGAGUGUGUUGGGAGGGUCGUCGUGGAGGUCGUGGACCGG